ACUUAUAAAUCAGUUGGAGCCUUUAACUGAGCAGCAGUUAAUGGCCAUCACCAACUUGCAGCAGUCAUCGCAACAGGCAGAAGAUGCUUUGUCGCAGGGAAUGGAGGCAUUGCAGCAGUCCUUGGCUGAUACUUUGGUGGGAUCUCCUGGUCCCUCGAGUUCCUCGGGGAAUGUUGCUAACUACAUGGGUCAAAUGGCAAUGGCCAUGGGAAAGCUAGGAACUCUGGAGGGCUUCAUUCACCAGGCUGACAAUCUGCGGCAACAAACAUUGCAACAAAUGCAUCGCGUAUUAACAACUCGCCAAUCAGCUCGUGCCGUUCUUGCUAUCAAUGACUACUUUUCUCGGCUUCGAGCUUUGAGCUGUCUCUGGCUUGCCCGCCCCCGGGAAUGAGAAGCAUUUUCUCCUUCCCAAUACUAUUUUCGAAGAUGAUGGGUCUUGUCCAAUGUCAUUCAGUGCCAUACUUAGACCGGGUUCUACCUGUUCAACUCCUGGGUUUAAUGUUCCCCUUCCAGAUCAAAUGCAGCUGUUUUUCCGUAACAGCUUGAAUCCUUGGGCCCUUUCAGUGCAGUGAUCCUGUGUAUGUUGUAAUGGUGCUGAGUUCAGAGUCUCCAGCUUUGCAUGAUCCUCAAGUUGUAUUAUCUAUCUUUUCUUUUUGUUAAUUUAAGCGGUGUUGGCUAUAAUUGUAGCAUGUGAAGGUCAUCAUAAUCAAUAACAUUCCAAUCCAGAUGCAUGAAAUUGUAUAAUCACAAUCUUGCCGGUUUUUUCUAGCUGUCAACAUGGGGAA